AUGGAUCAACAUAAGUAUUUGAAGCCGGUGGAAGCGUAUUUAGGCGUGCCUUAUGCGACACCACCGACAGGAUCUAACAGAUUUGCACCAACACGUGCGCCAGCGCCGUGGGAUGACGUCAAAACUGUGGACCAGAUGGGUCCUGUGUGUCCCCAACGGUUGCCAGACAUCGCAAACGAGAGCCUCGCCUUGGAGAGAAUGCCCAAGGGUCGGCUAGAGUACUUGAGAAGGUUACUGCCUCGGCUUAAGAACCAAAGCGAAGAUUGUCUCUACAUGAAUAUUUAUACGCCCGUGCAAGUGGGACCGACGCUCCUGGCAAAGUAUCCAGUGGUAAUUUUCAUUCACGGAGAAUCCUUUGAGUGGAAUUCUGGUAACGUAUAUGAUGGCUCCGUACUGGCGAGCUACGCCGGCCUCGUGGUAAUAACGAUCAACUACAGGCUGGGUAUAUUAGGUUUUCUAAACGCAAAUCCCAUACCUCAUGUUAAAGCGAGAGUAGCCAACUACGGACUAAUGGAUCAAAUAGCUGCUUUACAUUGGGUACAGCAAAAUAUCGCCCUGUUCGGGGGUGACCCUAGUAACGUCACUAUGCUGGGUCAUGGAUCUGGUGCAGCAUGUAUUAACUUUCUCAUGAUCUCCCCGACAGUAAUGCCAGGUCUUUUCCACCGAGCAAUUCUACUAUCGGGUUCAGCGUUAAGCUCUUGGGCGUUAGUGGAAGAUCCAGUGAACUAUUCCGUCCAAUUAGCAAAACAAUCAAACUGCACUCUUCCCGAGGACAUAGUCAAAGAUCACGAGCUAAUCGUAGAUUGCUUGAGAGAAGUACCUCUUCAAGAGCUGAUGUCUGCAGAGAUGAGUACUCCGAGCUACUUAACAGCUUUCGGACCGUCUGUGGACGGCGUCGUCGUUAAAACGGAUUAUGCAAAGGAGUUACUAACAUUCUUCAUACCGAAUGACCUGCAAGGUUUUACAAGCGUCUCCGGAGUGAAUAAUGCGAAGGCGGACAAACGCAGUGGAGAUAGAAUUUUCGGGAUAAGAGGAGGGCAGAAUAAAUAUGAUCUCCUGUUUGGGGUCGUAACGAGCGAGGCACUUUGGAAAUUUUCAGCUCAGGAUAUUCAGAAUGGUUUCGAGGGCGAAAGACGAGAUAGGAUAGUCCGGACAUACGUAAGAAAUGCAUACACAUAUCACUUAAGCGAGAUUUUCUUUACAAUAGUUAAUGAAUACACGGAUUGGGAAAGAACUGUGCAGCAUCCAAUCAACACACGAGACGCUGCAGUGCUAGCCCUAUCUGACGCUCAGUACGUUGCGCCACUAGUUCAAACAGGUGACUUCCUCAGUGUGGCCAAAAGUUCACCUGAUUCUGGGCCCAAGGCAUUCUUUUACGUAUUUGACUAUCAAACUAAGGAUGGAGAUUAUCCUCAGCGUAUGGGCUCAGUUCACGGCGAAGAAUUGCCGUAUUUGUUUGGAGCACCGUUCGUAGACGGCUUGGGACAUUUUCCCAAAAACUACACGAAGUCUGAAGUGGCAUUGUCUGAGGCUUUCAUCUUGUAUAUCGCUAACUUUGUGAGAACAGGGAAUCCUAAUGAACUUCAGAGACAGGAGUCGGUGCUGCCGAUAUCUCGGGAACGAAAUAAAUACAAGAGUAUCGUUUGGGACGAAUACGAUACUUUACAUCAGAAGUAUUUAGAGAUCGGCAUGAAACCACGCAUGAAAAACCACUACCGUGCUCACCAGUUGUCCGUCUGGCUGCGGUUAAUCCCGGAAAUCCACCGAGCGGGCAUGAAGGACGUCGUCGCGAGACACAACCUGUUCCGCAACCACAACGACCCAGAAAUGUACGACGGAUUAGUGCGAGCCGACCCACUCACCCGUGCCAACUAUUACGACCCUACUCUCGAGCUGUAUCGGAGGUCCUAUAACGUUACCCUCGAUAUACCGACUACCACUAUGGAUACCUACGUCACGACUUGUAUCAGCGUGAUGUCCGCUCGGCCCGGAGCUCCCGUCACUCAAAGUCAACCCAACAAUUCCCAGAUUCAAGACGUUUCCAAUUUGGAAGUGGCCAGCUACACUGCAUACUCGACAGCCCUCAGCGUCACCAUCGCAAUUGGAUGUUCCCUAUUAAUCUUGAACGUUCUGAUUUUUGCUGGCGUCUACUAUCAGCGUGAUAAGACCAGAUUGCAAGUCAAAGCUCUGCAGCAGCAGAAACGCAACCACAACUCGACGUAUGACACUUCAAAGCAUCCGCACUACUUUGUCGGCCAUUCGCAAAGUUCAAGCACGAUCGUGGAUAUAGACCAUCAAGAUAAGAACGCGAUUAUAGCUAUGACGAAUCGGGUGCCCCACUUCCCGAACACGAACUGCCCGAACGUCUGUCACACGGGGAUUCAAAUGUCGAAUUUACAAAAGACCAGCCCGACGAAUCGGGGUCAAUGUACAACGUUGCCGAGGAAAGUGGGGUUCAGCUACCAGAAUCAGAUAUGCAACGCGUCGAGUUGCAUGACUCUGCCAAAGAACGCCACGUUUAUGAGUAGUGGAAACUUACCCGACGUUCAAGCGCAAACGGGACAAUCCCAAACACCGGGGAACGGGUCCAUCCAGCCGUCGUCUCCGCAGCAUUUCUCGCAAAAGUCGAGAGUACCUCAAGCGGCGAUAUCCGAAAUGAACGUAUGA